AUGGAGGAGCCGGCUGCUGCCCACCCCACCCCGUCCCCGGAGAAGAGGGCCCCACCAGAAUCCAGAACUCCUCCCAGGAUAUUUUGGGUCAUCCUCUCUGUGAUUCUGAUGUGUGUGAUUAUCUGCAUCGUUGUGGCGGGCGUGCUGAGCUUCACCCAGAGUUCUUCCAAGCCUCUUUUCCAAGUGAUCCGCUUAAACUUCCAAAGCCACCCGGGGUCCCAGAUGAACCAGUCGGCCUUCGUGGACAAGUCCAGGAACACCGUCACUUAUUACGUCACUUCCUCAAGCAACCGCACGACGGCAGUCCUGUUUGACGGCAAGAAUGGUUACGUCUGCUACAAGCCCGCCGAGCAAAAGAACUGUUUCCUGAGAAUGAUGGACGGCCAGGACUGGGAGACGGUGCGGGAGUCUUUCGACCUCUCCCAGCGCAGGGUGGAUCAGCUACCGCUUCCCAACGACCGGACGAGGUACUACCGCGAGUUCCUGGGGAUCGUGCCGGGAAGACCCGUCCGGCCCGAGGAGGCAGGCGAAGCCGUCCGCUCUCUGUGCGAGGAAGUGCCCAUCUAUUGGGUCAAGAAGAAAGACGGUCCCGCCAAGCAGCGGCUCAUCUACCUGUGCAUCGACAUCUGCUUCCCAAGCAACAUCUGCGUCUCCAUCUGCUUCUAUUACCUCCCGGAGUGAGCGGAUCGCGAUCCUGACUGCCCCCCUCCCCCCUUCGGUACUUGAACUCAAGCAGGAGAGGCCCCCCCAGGUCCCGCCUGGCGUGCCUCCUCCACACAGCCCCUGGGCCACAGAAGGGCUGCCAUGGGCACCCCCAAACAGUGCUGCUGCAGCUCUACUGGUGUACCCGUUUUAUUUACAGCCGGGGAGGGGGAGAGGGGGGUUGCUUCUCAGCUGUAACCUGUAAAGAACUGUCUUGGGAUAGAGAUGGCUGUAGUCAAGAGUCGUUCAUU